AUGGCUAUGAUUUAUGCCGGUCAUUCCGCAGCUCAGAGCUCCUUCGCCCUUUCUGACCUCUUGGCCACUCUCAAGCAAAUCCAAAGUCAGUACGAUGAAAUCGCAGCCAAAAACUUGGAUGAAAUGGAUUCCUGGUACAAAUCGAAAUUUGAAGACAUUACCAACAAGACGACAAAGCACAUCUACAAGGCCCGAAGUGUAAGAGAAUAAAUUACGAGCGCUAAGAAGAAUAUCCAAAACAAAGAGUGUGACCUGGAUGCUCUGAAGACCAUAAACAACGCUCUCGAAGCACAGAUCCACGAAGCAACAGAGGUACAAGAAGGAACUGAAAGAUCUGCAGGCCAGGAUCGAGGCCCCGAAGCUUGAGCUGAAAACCACCAAGGAGAAGAUCGCUCACCACCUGUGCGAGUACCAGGACCUUCUGAAUAUCAACAUGUCUCUGGAGAUUGAGAUCACGACUUACAUGAUACUGAUUGAAGGCGAGGACUCGCGACUCAGCGACAUGGUCAAGGGCUUGUCUCUGAGUAGCAGCAAGAGUGCGAUGAGCUCUGGGAUGAGUGUGGGUAUGGCUGGAGGUGUGGCUGGAGGAAUGGCAUUGAGUGGAAUUGUUAGAGGCAAUGGAAACGGUGGAGGCAACGGAAACAGAAAUGGUAAAGGCAACGAAAACGGUGGAGGCAAUGGAAAUGGUGCAGGUGGAUAA